CCCAGGGCUCAAGGCUGCGUUACCGAGACCGCCCGGCUCUCUCACGUUUUACGUUUUAGCGCCUCAGCCGAGCCGGGGGAGGAGCCAGGGCGGGCGAGAGCGCGCGCGCGCUCCUCGCGUGCGGCGCCGCAGCCAAUCCCGGCCGCCGCGGGAGCGCGAGACCCCGCCCACCGUCCCUCCCACCCCGUUGCCAGGGCGGCGCGCGGACUCGUCGGGGCGGGUGUGGGCCAUGAGCGGAGCAUUGGACGUGCUGUGGGAGGACAGGGAUGUGCGCUUCGACAUCUCCCCGCAACAAAUGAAAAUGAGACCUGGAGAGGUCCUUAUAGACUGCUUAGAGUCUGUUGAAGAUACAAAAGGAAACAAUGGAGAGAGAGGCAGACUGCUUGUGACAAACUUGCGGAUCAUUUGGCGCUCGCUGUCGUUGCCCAGAGUCAAUCUCUCUGUCGGUUACAACUGUGUUAUAAACAUAACUACAAGAACUGCCAACUCUAAAUUGAGAGGGCAGACAGAAGCUCUGUAUAUAUUGACUAAAUGUAACAAUACUCGGUUUGAGUUCAUAUUUACUAAUGUCGUUCCUGGCAGUCCCAGACUCUUCACUUCAGUUAUUGCCGUGCACAGGGCUUAUGAAACUUCCAAAAUGUAUCGUGAUCUGAAGCUGAGAAGUGCAUUGAUUCAAAACAAGCAGCUGAGAUUGUUACCACAAGAACAAAUAUAUGAUAAAGUCAAUGGAGUUUGGAAUUUAUCAAGUGACCAGGGAAAUUUGGGAACAUUUUUUAUUACUAAUGUGAGAAUAGUUUGGCAUGCAAAUAUGAAUGACACCUUUAAUGUCAGCAUACCAUAUCUACAAAUUCGUUCAAUAAAAAUGAGAGACUCAAAAUUUGGCUUGGCACUUGUGAUAGAGAGUUCUCAGCAGAGUGGAGGAUAUGUACUUGGUUUUAAAAUAGACCCUGUAGAGAAACUGCAGGAGGCAGUGAAAGAGAUUAAUUCACUUCACAAAGUUUAUUCAGCUAAUCCUAUAUUUGGAGUGGAUUAUGAAAUGGAAGAAAAGCCUCAACCCCUUGAAGACCUAACAGUGGAGCAGGUUCCAGAUGAUGUGGAAAUAGAAGCUGAUGAACAUACAGAUGCUUUUGUGGCUUACUUUGCUGACGAAAACAAGCAACACGAUCGGGAGCCUGUUUUUUCAGAAGAACUGGGACUUGCAAUAGAGAAGCUCAAGGAUGGAUUCACACUCCAGGGACUCUGGGAAGUAAUGACCUGAUUUAGAUUGGCACACGUUCGUUUCCUAGCCAGAGAAAAGCUCGGUUCUUACUGGAUUUAGAUCUGUAGAAGAUAACUUAGAAAUAUCGGAGUAGCAGAGAAAGAACAUGCCAAAGCUAAAGAGCAGGCAAAUAUUAUAUAAUAAGUCUUCGGGCAAUGUCAUAAAAGAAAGAUUAUCCAACACCCUUGUACGCUUUUCAGAGCUCUGCAUUUCCUGCGUUGCCUGCGGAGCCGUGGGCGGAGAGGCGCUCUGAGGCGGGCGGGGCGGGGCCGCUCAGGGAGCGCUGCCCCCUGCAGGCCGGCCCGGGCACGGCAGCGCGGCGCCGCCAGUCCCUCUGCCCUGUCCCUCUGCCCUGUCCCUCUGCCCUGGGCUGGCAGCGCCGGCCAGUCCGGCACAGCGGGCACGGCACUGCCACUGCACACACUCCGCUGCCUUCAGGACUGGCCUCCUUCUCCCUCCCCUGACAACACACAUUCGGCCAUGGUGUUUCAGACACCGUUUUAUGGCAGGUAGCCAGCAUUUUUUUUAUAACUUCAUGGCUUCUGUGUUUAAGUAUUGCCCUUUGGUUGCCAGGACCAGGCUCUGCUUGCCAUUUUACACAGCACUGUGUCAGAAAAGGAAGCCUCCUCUUUUUCUGCACACGGAGGCCAUUGUCUGAGACAGGGCAGUGUGAGGUACGCAGUUUGAUGCUCAAUUUCAAGUAUUUAUGUAUUUAUACAGAGUGAUGUACUUUCCCACAAUGAUUAUGUUUGAAUUAACUUUCCAUAACUUGUUUAAUGAUUUGCAACACAGAAAUACCAUCAUACAUAGACCAUUUUGUAUGUAGGCAUAUUGGCUGUGUUAUUGAUAGCUUUAAGAAGAAGCAAUUCUGUUCCAAAUAAUAGCUUUCGUAGCUCAUAAUUUUGCUAAAUAUUCAGCACGUAUUAUUUCAAGUAUUUAAUUGUAAUCCAGAUAUCCUCAUACAGUUGUGUGUUUGUUUGUUUGUUUGUUUUUGCUAGAGCACUUUUUUCAGCAAUGAUCUAGAAAACAGGGCACAUGCAAAUAGCUUCUGUGUGUGUCAUUAGACAUUUUAUGAUGUUAUGUGUUAUAGAGAAAUGAGUCAUUUAUUGUUAAAGGAAGACACAGCUGUUACGUCUUCUAGUGAGAUCAAACCUCUGUGCUGUUUCCUAUAAAUGGAAAAAGUCAAAUGAGAUCUCCUCUCAGCUGUUGUUUCAGCAGCUGACUGUUAAAGUAACUGUGGUGUGAAUGUAAUACUGGUGUUUGUAGAAAAUAUUUCAAAGUAUAUAUUUGAAUGAAAUACUAUAUA